GGUGCAUUCGAGGUGGGCUGGAUAUAUGGGAUAUGCGCUUGCUGGAAGAGGAGGAGUAUGACUGUGUAAUUAAAGGCGAAAAAAAAAAUCUUCAGACUGAUUUGUUAGGCUCCAGCAGACUAGAGGGUGUUACCGGCCCAUAUUAUAUCAAGUUUGAAAAGCAAACACAUGAUCAGAAAUUAGGCGCCUUCAAGUUUUCUUAUUGCACGUGCGAUAGGCUAUAUUAUUCAAGAUUCCUAUUUGAAACUCGACUCUCAGAUUCCUUAGCUUUAUACUCAGCGGUGGGUUCACCUCACGCGCUGUGGAUGCGUCUAGAUUCACUCCGUUUACAAUCUUUUGUGCUCUUAAAUAGACGCCGGGAUCGGUUAAAUGCAAAGUGUGGAAUCUCCAGUUGUUCUCUGUUGCCGGAUAAGAGCGUGUUUUUUUGAAUGAGGAUAUCAGGUCUUACUCAAACGUGCACGGAGCAGCACGGGCUCUGAAGAAUGAAGCGAUAAUAUCAAUCAUCUGAUACCCUUCAGGACUUUGAUAACCGCGCGAUCUACGAUGUAUUCGCCGAUUUGUCUCACACAGGAUGAGUUUCAUCCCUUCAUCGAGGCGCUGCUCCCUCAUGUCCGUGCCAUAGCCUACACCUGGUUCAACCUGCAGGCACGAAAGCGCAAGUACUUUAAGAAGCAUGAAAAGCGGAUGUCCAAGGAUGAGGAACGGGCUGUGAAAGACGAGCUUCUCAGCGAGAAGCCUGAAAUCAAGCAGAAGUGGGCAUCUCGUCUCCUGGCCAAGCUGCGCAAGGACAUCCGGCAGGAGUACCGGGAGGACUUUGUGCUCAGCGUAACGGGCAAGAAGCACCCGUGCUGUGUUCUCUCCAACCCCGACCAGAAGGGCAAGAUCCGCCGAAUCGACUGCCUGAGGCAGGCUGAUAAAGUGUGGCGGCUGGACCUGGUGAUGGUCAUCCUGUUCAAAGGUAUUCCGCUGGAGAGCACAGAUGGGGAGCGUCUGGUCAAGUCCCCGCACUGCACCAACCCGGGACUCUGCGUCCAGCCCCACCACAUCACUGUCUCUGUGAAAGAGCUGGACUUGUUUCUGGCAUACUAUGUCCAGGACCAAGACUCUCAACAGUCAGGAAGUCCAAGCAACAAUGAGCCUGGCAAGAACCCUCCAGUUUACUUGGAAGAGAGCUUUAUUAAAUCAGGGGUCUUUAGUGUUUCGGAGCUGGUGAGAGUAUCCAGAACUCCUAUCACACAGGGUUCAGGAGUGAACUUCCCUAUGGCUGACAUGCCAAGUCAGCCAUAUUAUCAAGAACUGAACUCAGGAGUGAGUUUACACCGGUCCCUCUCAUCUCCUCCUGGCAGUAAGCGGCCUAAGACGAUCCAAGAGGACAGUAUGGAGACUAGUCCCACCGGGCCAGACUUCUACCCAUCCCCCAGUUCCCCGGCCAGCAGACCCUGGCAUGAGAGAGACCAAGAAGAUAUGUCCUCUCCCAGCAUGAUAGAAGCCAGAGAAGACAUUAUUCAGCCCCACAUCUACCACAGGACUCUUCACCUCGGCUCAGCACCUUCCCCCAGCACCACCACCCAGGACUUGACCACCGUUGGCCAUAGUGUAAUUUCCACUAGGAGUCACCUCCGCAUUCGCCUGCAGUUUUCCGGCCCUGCCAUCCAUCCCCCAGCCCCCUCGCCCUACAUCUCUCAUGGCGCCUACCGCUACCCACCGCACCUCCAACCCCACCCGACUCCCUCAAGAACUACAUGCCAGUCUUACGACCCGUCCAGCCCACAGAGCAGCCAGGUCUGUAUGGACGUACUCACGUACACACAAAGACUAACGUACACGCGCAUUAACCCAGACCCUAAUGCAAUCAUACAAUAAUUAGUACAGUUUAUCUGUACUAGAACAGAGCCUUUA